AUGGAGCAUCGGAACUCUCUGUACUCUUCGCGCUGGAGCAGCCCAGAGGACCUGUCGUGGAUUCCCUUCACUCUGGCAGGUGAGUCGAUUACAGCUCCCCCUCCUCCCUUCUUUCCUGCUUUCCUACUAUGAUGGGAAAGAGGGGGCGAGAGAGAGAGAGAGAGAGAGAGAGAGAGAGACGUUUUAGUUUCACUGAGCAUGGGAUCGAUCGGGAGAGAGAGACCCACAAAAGUUUUAGUUGCACUGUGCAUGGGUUCGAUCGAGAAAGAGAGGGAGACCCACAAAAAUUUUAGUUGCACUGAGCAUGGGUCCGAUGAGAGAGAGAGAGAGAGAGAGAGUUUUCUGAUUAUCAUUUUUAUGAUAUUUCCGCAGAGUUGGAUGAGAAUGUGAGAGCAAUCGUAACGCUGAUCCAGCAAGAAGACGGAGACCAGUUCCUCAAGGAGAAGACGGAGCUCCUGAAGAGAGUGGAUGCCGUCUACACCUCAUACCGUUCUCUCGCCGGGUUCUGCAGCCGCCUCGCCUCUCCAGCAUCGUCCGACUCGGAUCAGAAAUCCGGAAUCGAAUCCAAACUCUCCAUCUCCCUCUCCCAUCGCAGCAGCCUGGAAGCAGAAGAGACGGAGGAGAGGACGAAGCGGAGCGGGGAACCCGCCUUCGAGUUGGUUUCCGGUGCGUUGGAGCGGCGGAUCUCGUCCUCCGUGGAGAUGUCGAGGCUUGUAGAGCGCCUUCUGGGGGAGCUGGCGAGGAGGAACGACGAGAAGAGAGAGACCAACAGGGUCCUGCAGGUUCAGGUGGAGAGGAUGACAGAGGAGAGUAGAGCCCUCCGGCGUGAACACGAUAGGUUAAAUUGCGAGAACGAAGCGCUGCAUGCGAAGCUGAGGGAGCUCUCAGACAGCGGCGAGAAGAAGAAGAAGAAGACGAGGGCGUUCCCUCUUUCCAGGCUGAAAUCACGUCUGUUCUUCUUGUUCAGUGGAUGA